AUGGAGGACGCGGCGAGGCGGAAGCAUCAGCCGGGCGCCCACCCCGCGCGCCGCAAGACGGCGGCGGCGGUGGCGUCGCCGGCCCACCUCGUCGGCGCAAUCGUGGAGAAGGGCUUCUCCGCCGCCGCGCCCUCCUCCGCCCCGCGGCCCAGCGUCCUCCCCUUCCCGGUCGCCCGCCACCGCUCCCACGGCCCCCACUGGAGCCCGGCGAGGAAGGACGCCGGCAAGGAGAAGACGGAGGAGGCGGAGUACGGGAUGGACGUGGACGAGAUGGACUACCAGCCCGCGGCGGCGGUGGCCGGCCCGGUGAGGCGGAAGGAGAAGAAGGGCAUGGAUUUCAGCAGGUGGCGGGAGUUCCUCGCCGACGACGUGCCCCCCAAGCGGAGGCAGGGGAAGAAAGACAGCACGGAUAAAAUUGAUCCCGCGGCUGCGCCGCCUAAAACUGUAGGUGGUCAGGUGGGGGUGAGAGGGUUGGGGGAAGAUGCCAUGGAGCUGGAUGUCGGAAAUGGUAGGGAAGCAGCGUUGGGUGGGACGGGUUUGGUUUCGGAUGUGUUGCCGAAGAAGCCGAUGGAUGCAGGGGAUUCGUCGAUGUUGGGAAGUGGGGCUGGGGCUGCUGAAUUGCGAGGAGAGGGCGUGCAAUUGGAUGGUCGGGCGACAUCGAUUGAAGCGGAGAUUGAUGCAGAGAACAUGAAUAGGCUGGCGGGGAUGUCGGUAGAGGAGAUAGCAGAGGCGCAGGCAGAUAUUUUGACUAGGAUGGAUCCAGCUCUGGUGGAGGUAUUGAGGCGCCGGGGAAGGGAGAAGUCUGGUGGCAGGAAAGAUAUGGGGGAGGAUAAGAGCAGGAAAGAUGUGGGGAAGGAUAAGAGUAGGCAAACUCCAGGGCCGGUGAAAACCGCAAGGGCUAUUGCAGACGGACAUUUGACAGCUGGUGAGCAGAGUGCAUACUCUUGGAGGGCUUGGAGUGAGAGAGUGGAGCGGAUCAGGCUGUGUAGGUUUGCAUUGGAUGGAGAUAUUUUGGGAUUCCAAUCUUGCCAGGAGCAACAAGAUGGCAAGAAGACGCAUGCAGACAGCGUAGCUGAGCGUGACUUCCUACGGACAGAGGGAGAUCCUGCAGCUGUUGGCUACACCAUCAAUGAGGCUCUGGCACUUACCAGGAGCAUGGUUUCUGGGCAGCGUGUACUAGCACUGCAGCUUCUUGCUUCCAUUCUGACUAGGGCAUUGCACAAUCUGCACAAGAUGGAUCUAGCUGAUAAUGUGGAAGGAGCUAAUUAUGCUGACAAGGCUGAUGACUGGCAAGCAGUUUGGGCCUAUGUCCUUGGGCCCGAACCAGAGUUGGUUCUCUCUCUAAGGAUGGCAUUGGAUGAUAACUAUGAGUCUGUAGUUUUGACUUGUGCUAAAGUUAUCAAUGUUAUGCUGAGCUAUGACAUGAAUGAGAUAUAUUUUGAUUUUUCAGAGAAAGUAGUAAAUCAGGGAAAAGAUAUCUGCACAGCUCCUGUUUUUCGUAGCAAACCUGAUCUGGACGGAGGUUUUCUUGAAGGGGGGUUUUGGAAAUACAACACAAAACCAUCCAAUAUACUUACACCUUAUGGUGAAAACGAUGAGGAAGAAAUUGAUGAGAAACAUACCAUUCAAGAUGAUGUCAAUGUGUCUGCACAAGAUGUUGCUGCUGGUCUUAUUAGAAUGGGAAUCUUACCACGUAUCUGCUCCCUUUUAGAGAUGGACCCGCCUCCAGUUCUGAAAGACUAUCUUGUUUCAAUUCUUGUGGCAUUAGCAAGGCACUCUCCGCAAUCUGCUGAUGCUAUCUUGAAUUGUACAAAGCUUGUUCAAAAUGUUGUUAAGCUGCUGGACAAGCAAGGAUCAACGGAAAUUCACUCAUCAGAGAUCAAAGUGGUUACUUUGUUGAAGGUUUUGUCCAAAUACAACAGAAAAACAUGCUUGAAUUUUGUGAACAAUGGAGUUUUUCAGAAGGCCAUGUGGCACUGGUAUGUACCAGCUUAUACCCUCAAGGAUUGGAUAAAAUCUGGAGAGGAACAAUGCAAGCUGAGUUCAGCAAUGAUGAUCGAGCAACUGCGGCUGUGGAGAACCUGCAUUUCAUAUGGGUUUUGCAUAGCACACUUCACAGAUUUCUUUCCUAUUCUAUGCCUGUGGCUCAGCCCUCCAGCUUUUCAGAAUCUAAGUAAAAGCAAUGUUCUUUCUGAGUUUUGCUCAAUUGCAAGAGAGUCAUAUCUUGUAUUAGGAGCUCUGGCACAAAGGCUUCCGCUUCUUCAUUCAGUGGAGCAGUUGGGCAAGCAAAAUGUUGGUGUCCCUGACAGUUAUGCUGAGACAUGGUCUUGGAGUCAUGUUGUUCCAAUGGUGGAUUUGGCGCUUUCUUGGUUACAUCUGAAUGAUAUUCCCUGCAUGUUUUCACUCAUCAAUGGGCAGAGUGAGAAUACAACACAGGAAAGCUGCUUGGUUUUGUUAUUUUCUUCCGUACUAGGCAUGCUAAAUUCGAUAUUAGAAAGAAUAUCACCGGAUGGCACUUCUGAUGGUAAAAGUUACCACUUGCCUUGGAUACCAGACUUUGUCCCCAAAAUUGGCCUGGGCAUAAUUACUAAUGGGUUUUUCAGCUUCUCGUGUACGGAAGUUGUUGGACAUGAGGAGCAGCUGCAUUCUUGUGGUGUAUCAUUGAUGCACGAGCUCUGUCGUAUGAGAUCUCAGGGUAAUGUGGAUACGUCAUUAUCUUCCAUAAGUUGCCUUCAAAGUUUAGUGCUGCUAUGCUGUUCUGUCGACAGAGUAAUCCAGAGAGCAACAGCAAAUAGUUCCGAGCAUCUCAAAGAGUCUAAAACAGGGCUAGCUGGCAAGAUAUUAGGAGAAGGCAUUUCCAGUUUAUGGCAUAAUGACUUGUUGAACUUUCUAACUUCGCUGUUGCCAAUGAUUUCCUCACAGUGGUCCAUAUUAAAGAACAUAGAGAUGUUUGGUAGAGGAGGACUAGCUCCGGGUGUUGGGUUUGGCUGGGGGACGCGUGGGGGUGGGUUUUGGUCUCUGAAAUGCUUACUUGCACAACUGGAUUCACAGUUAGUCCUAGAGUUGAUAAAAAUCGUCUCUGCUGUGCCUCUUAUUACUUCCAGUAAAGGAGCAAACUCAGAUACCGUGGCUAAUCCAUUUGCCAAAGCUUCACAGAUAAUCAGUCCUGUCCUUGGUGUAUCUUUGAUUGCAGGACCUGGCCAGAUCUGUACUUUAGAAAGAGCCUUUGAUAUCAUUUUCCAACCUUCAGUUCUGAAAUAUCUCAAAUCUUCCAUACAUCGCCUGGCUUCUCAAAUGAAAUCACCAAAAACUUUUGAGUGGGAUAUAACCGAAGAUGAGUAUCUGCAUUUUAGCAGUGUGCUAAAUUCACAUUUCAGAUCCAGAUGGCUGGCCAUCAAGAAGAAGAAUCCAGACAAACAUGCAAGAAAUGACACAUGCAUCAAUAUGCCAAAAGUACCAGUGACACUGGAGACGAUUCAAGAGGACACGGAGUUAACAGAAGCUGUAAAUCCACCUUGCAGCACUCUAGUUCUAGAGUGGGCACACCAGAGACUGCCUCUUCCCGUGCAUUGGAUUCUAAGUUCAAUCUGCUGCAUUGAUGAUGCAAAAGGCACCCUGCCAUCACUAUCCAAAUAUGCUGUUGACGUUUCAAGAGCAGGUCUUAUCUUUCUAUUGGGUCUGGAAGCCGUUUCAGCUGCUCCAUCUCUUGAUAUUCCUUUGGUUUGGAAAAUUCAUGCACUUUCUGCCUCUGUCCGCACUAACAUGGACUUGCUUCAAGAAGAUAGAAGUAGGGAUAUUUUUGAGGCUUUGCAAGAAUUGUAUGGCCAUCAUCUGGACAUGUUGUGCCAGAAAUAUUAUAGAUCUCUCAAUGCCAGUAAUGAUGAGGCUGUACGAUCUGUGGCCACUGUUGAAGAAGCAAAAGUAACUAGUACUCCUGAAAUUCUCAGAUUCAAGGAGAAAAUUCAUGAGAGCUACACUACUUUUGUCGAGAGUGUCGUAGAUCAAUUCGCAGCUGUCUCGUAUGGAGAUGCUAUUUUUGGUCGGCAAGUGGCCAUCUAUUUGCAUACAAGUGUUGAAACGACGGUUCGGCUUGCAGCCUGGAAUGCACUGUCUAAUGCUUAUGUGCUUGAACUGUUGCCUGCCCUAGACAAAUGCAUUGGUGGCAUCAAAGGAUACUUGGAGCCUCUUGAGGAUGAUGAAAGAAUCUUGGAGGCUUAUGCCAAGUCAUGGACCUCUGGUAUCCUGGACAAAGCUGCUCAGAGGGGUUCUAUGUCUUUCACACUAGUGAAGCAUCACCUGUCUGGUUUUGUUUUCAAUCGCGGUGCUUCCAUCAAAUUGCGCAAUAAGAUGGUUAAGUCGCUUAUCCGGUGCUACGCCCAGAAGAAGCAUCACGAGGCUAUGCUCCAGAGUUUUGUUAUGGAAGGCAUUCCACAGGACUCACAAUACAGCGAUGAAGUUGGUCGAAGAUUUGAAAUCUUGAAGGAUGCUUGCGAGAUGAACUCUUCCCUCCUGGCCGAGGUUCAGAGACUGAAGGCAUCGAUCGAUGGAUAACUGUCAGGGCAUAUCUCUAGCAAGGUUGGAGUUAAGCACGGGAAGAAGACAGCACUCCGUUCGGCUUCACUUUGUUUUUUAGCUGGUUAGGAUAUAUUCUACUCACAAUAUAGCUGGUUUCCAAAGCUCGAAAACUUGGCACUGCGGCCAAAUCAGCUGGAAGAAGGAAAGGCCGUCUGUAACUGUAAAGAUCAAAGGUUUACACCAAGUGUGUGUGGCCAUGCUUGUAGGAACAAUCUGGACUAAAAAUAUUAACUGUCUUCACAGAAGAUCUGCUAGUGCUGGCCUGUGUGCUUUUCUCGCGUUUACUGUACGCAUGUUUCUUGAUUCGUUUCAUAAACAGCUACUAUCGAGCA